AUGAAGAAAAUGGUGCUGAAAUUAUGUAUGGAGGACGAGAAAAGAAAGAAAAGGGUAAUAAAAGCCAUUGCAGGAAUACAAGGGGUGGAUUCAGUUGCAGUGGACACGACAGAGAAUAUGAUAACUGUAGAGGGGGACGCAGAUCCAGUGUGUGUCACAGACAAACUCAGAAAAAUUGGGUACACAGAAUUAUUGAGCUUUGGUCCUGCCAAAGAAGAAGAGGAAAAUGAGCCAAAUGAAGACAAGCCCAAUGCAGAUAACCAGCCAAAUGAAGAAAAUCCAUCGGCAGAGAUAGAUAUUCCUGCCCCACAAAUUUAUUACUGCUAUUGCGAUUAUGUCCCAAACGAAAAUACCAACCUCUGUUCUAUACUUUGA